GAUAUUCUUGUAUGAUUAUGUGGCUGGUCAGAAGCUUCAAGAUCUUGUGAACAUGACAAGUAGAGCUAACGCCAACAGCAGCGGCUGCUGGUAGCUAACCUGAACAGCUGUUGAUUUCACGCUACACAGGCGCUAGCUAGUGGCCGCUCCAGGGAGAGAGUGUCAACUCUACAAACAUGCUUUACACGAUCAUAUCGUGUCCCUACAUACAUCCAUGGCACAGUUGGUUCUGCAUGCGGCUCGCUUUCGAUGUCGUGGCAAUGAAACCUUCCUUACUCUCGUUAGUGGUCAGCCACACGCAUAUAACCUGAGCGGGAGAAUUACGGAGACGUUAGACAGGCUGGAUUAGGUGCUCUCGUGAGAAGCGAAACCCGUUGCGUUUGUGUCGAAUACUAUCUAUUCCUUUUGUUGACAUCCAGCUCAGGUGUUAAACAGUUUCUAGCGAAAACAACACAGAAAAAUGUGUGAUACAUUACUAGCAAGUUAUCAGGGCCGGGACGGGUUAAUCAAAACGAUUGGUUAUACAUGCAUGCUGGCCGGAGGCUUGACCGAAGGUGGCAUACAAAGACGAUUUCAGACGAUGUCGAGGGAGAUGUCACAGUGUCGGGUAGUUUUACGAAUGCUGGAUGACUGGCCUAUGCUGAAAUACUCGAUGCAAUAUGGGCUUGGCAAAUCUGAAGAAGAUCAGCUGCUGCGAUUUGUAAGUAUCGUAAAAAACAUUGCGGAUCAGGUAUUCUUUCUUGUCGAACAUAUGGCCUGGCUGAGUGACAAACGUGUAAUACGGUUUCGUGACACUAACCGGCUAUGGACAACCAGCAAGUUCCUGUGGGCGUUUUCACUGUACUGUGGCUGCAUAAAAGCUAUAAGGUCACUUAAGAAACUCGGCCAACAGCAGGAUGCGCUUCGGAACGAAACGACGGAAAUUCGCCGCGCGAAAGCCCAACACGUAGUCGCUCUGCUAAUUUCAUCCCUCAAUCUGAUCAACGCGAUUUCCUGGCUGCCGAAAGGCGUUUUAUGGGCCGGAAAGCUAAAAACAUGGCACAAUGGAGCGAUUGGGCUGGCCGCUUCAUUCCUUAGCCUAGUACAAUUGCUCACAAGCAUGAACUAAUGAUUUUUCGAUUAGUCAAUCUAUUACCUAAAGCUAAUGCAUGAAAUGAUUGUCUGUAUAUUAAUGUUGACCUGAACGAUGGACAGUGGCAUAUAGCAAUUAUUGUAUUUGAUUUUCUUAUUAAUUGACCCUACUAAAUUGGAAUCGGCGCUUCAAUACGGGGAUUUGUAAUACAGUGGUUAGAAAAGUUUUUAGAAAACUUUUUUAACCACUGUAUAAACUGUAAAAACUAGCUGCGUCGCGUUCAGUUUAGCAGAACGAACAACAUUUCGUUUUGCUAAAUCUUUCCUGAAGUGUGCGGCCAUAAUACUCGAUGGAUACAGCAAUAAUUUAUGCGAGUCAUUUUUAUGUCAACUAUAAUAAUUUGUUAUCGAAUCAUAAAUUAUAUCUUUUAAAAAAGUAGUAAUUUUUGCCUGAUCCGACGAUCGAUCGAUUGAGGAAAAUAUAAUAUCUAUAUCUACCAUUGGGCAAUAAUGCGUCCAGUUCGUGCAUGGAAAUGUUACAUAUGGACUAAAAUUCACAACAAAGCUAGCACGGCUACUCAGUCUUUUAGUGGUAUAAGUCCUAUAUGAAAGCGACGUCCUAUAUUUCAUUUUUGCAUAAGAUCAGCCCAUUCACGAACCUACAGAAGCAGAAGGCUUAAGUUGUAACAUUACGUUUUGGUAUACUUACAUUCGAUUACGUCCGUUCUGCCCAAUACAUCUUCCAACUAGAAGACAAAUGGUUUAAUUUAAAGCCUAGGUAGAAAGCCGUAUCAACCUUUACGAUAAUAAGAUAAUGCAUUAAUGAACAAAACCCUAUAUUUUUAAUAAAAGCUUAACUUUUGACUGGCGCAAAGGCUAAAAGUAAGUCAUAUUUUUUAGAAAACUGGACAACAACGAUAGCCAAAACAGCCCCUAUGUACUUUUAAGUGUUGUCUUAUGCUCGUUGUUGACCUUACGAUCACGUCUGUAACAAUGAUUAUCCAUACAUUUACGACAAUGAAAAAAAUAUAUGGAAAUACAAAGCUAAUUGUAAAUACCAUGUGCCUAGAUGCCUUUAGUAGAAAUAGAUUUAUAUAUUGUAAUUAUCUACGAAUUUACUCAAAUUUUGUAAUCUGCACAUGAUAACAUAUUCAAAUACCUAAAUAAUAAAAGAUGUGACAAAAAUAGUA